GCUUGAGAUCGAAGGCAGCAUGCAAAAAGUACUGCAUGGCGUUUUGUCCCGCAGCGAUGUCGGCUACUUACACUGGAGCAAGGAAGAAACGGAACAUGAUAGGUCCCUACAAGUGGGAAGUAUGCUCAAGACUCCAAAGUUGCCUAUAUGGCUGUGCAACAUCAAUGGAAUAUACAGUGUUCUUUUCAGCACCAACAGGUUGCUCUUGUCUGACUGGAAAGUGGAGCACCACUUUGAUUUGUAUUUCUAUAACGGGGAACCCUCACAGAAGACAACAGUGCAUCUAACAAUAGACACUCAUUCCCAUCACUGGGAAGAAAAGCACCAUGUGGAAGAUGGUGAUCCAGAAAAAAGAUGCCCUUCUGUGGAAAUGGCAAUCCGGACUAAAUGGGAGGGGGCCGCCAUUAACUGGAAUGGCACAGUUCCAUUCUUCUGAUAAAAUCAGCCCUAGGCCUGGGUGUUGUUCAGCCUUUUAUCCACAGGCUAUCUCAUUUCCAGCAGGAGGAGGAAAAGGGAGGAGGCCGACAAAUACAGAAACAUUGGUGGACCAAACAUUGACAGUUUAAUACAGUUGCUAACUGGACUUUCAAUUUCCGUUCUAAAGCUCAGAAAAUAAAUUAGAUGCUUAUUCUUGGAAUACAAUGAUCUAUGCAACUUAUACAUACAUGUGU